UUAUUUUACUUAAGAUAAACUUGAUGUCCGGUUACUUAUGCGGGUCAGUUUAUAUAAUGGGAUUAAAUAUUGCAUUAAAUUUUUCCUUGAAAUAAAAAAAAACAUACACUUUUGUUUUUAUUUCAGCCUUCCUCGAAGAAAAGCACACAUCAGAAACCAUGAAAACGAUAUCGGUGCGUUCAUGUAAUAAAGAACAACGUAUGGAUCGGCCUGUUGAAGAAAAAACAUUAAAAUGUGAAAUUUGUUUUAAGCAGUUUUCUCGUAAAGAUAGUUUGAAACUACAUUUGAGAUUGCACACUGGAGAAAAACCUUACAAGUGCGAAAUUUGUUUUAAGCAGUUUUCAAGAAAACGUUCUCUGGAUGAACACAAAAUAGUUCAUACUGAAGAAAAACCAUACAAGUGCGAAAUUUGUUUUAAGCAGUUUUCUUAUAAAGGUAGUUUGAAAUUACAUUUGAACUUGCACACUGGAGAAAAUCUAUACAAGUGCAAAAUUUGUUUUAAGCAGUUUUCUCAGAAAAAUAAUUUGAAAGUACAUUUGAGAUUACAUACUGGUGAAAAACCAUUCAAGUGUGAAAUUUGUUUUAAGCUGUUUAUUCGUAAAACUUCUUUGGAUGGACACAAAAUAGUUCACACUGGAGAAAAACCAUACAAGUGCGAAAUUUGUUUUAAACAGUUUUUUUAUCAACAGAAUUUAAAAAUACAUUUAAUCAUACACACUAAAGAAAAACCACACAAGUGCGAAAUUUGUUUUAAGCAGUUUUCUCAUAAAAGUGCUUUGAAAGUACAUUUGAGAUUACACACUGGAGAAAAACCUCACAAGUGUGAAAUUUGUUUUAAGCUGUUCACUUAUAAAACUUCUUUGGAUGUACACAGAACAAUUCACACUGGAGAAAAACCUUACAAGUGCGAAAUUUGUUUUAACCAGUUUUCAAGAAAACGUUCCCUGGAUGAACACAAAAUAGUUCACACUGAAGAAAAACCAUACAAGUGCGAAAUUUGUUUUAAGCAGUUUUCUUAUAAAAGUAGUUUGAAACUACAUUUGAGAUUGCACACUGAGAAAAAUCUAUACAAGUGCAAAAUUUGUUUUAAGCAGUUGUCUCAGAAAAAUAAUUUGAAAGUACAUUUGAGAUUACAUACUGGGGAAAAACCUUACAAGUGCGAAAUUUGUUUUCAGCAGUUUUCUCAGCAAAUGCAUUUAAAAAGACAUUUAAUCAUACACACUGGAGAAAAACCUUACAAGUGUUAAAUUUGUUUUAAGCUAUUUACCCAUAUAACUUCUUUGGAUAAACACAAAACAGUUCACACUGGAGAAAAACCUUAUAAGUGCGAAAUUUGCUUUAAGCAAUUUUCUCAGAAAAGUAAUUUGGAAAGAUAUUUAAGAACUCACAGUGGAUAAAAAUCAUCUAAAUGUAAAAUUUUAUCAAGUUAUUUUCUCAAAUUGUCAUGCAAAUCACUUCUUGAAUAAGUACCCGGGAUUGAUUCUUUAAAAUAAGAAUGUCAUUCAGUUUUAGCUUUAAUUUUCAGAAUACU